AGAGAGCUCCCGCCGGCGCGUCUUUCGAAUGGAUCAGGACUAACUUUGGAGAAUGCCCGGAAGAGGCCGACGAGGACACUCGGAGGACGUACGCCCGCGUGUACUUAUGGUACAUGAUUUCGAGGACUCUCUUUCCUGACAGUGGGGGGAAGCUGGCCCAUUGGUGUUGGCUGAAGGCGCUAACGGUGUUGGAUAACCGUUGGAGUUGGGGAACAGCGGCACUUGCCUACCUCUACCGGCAGUUGGACGAAGCUUGUCGCAGAACUGGGAGCAGGACUGGGAGCGGCGGUAUUGGUGGAUGCAUGCUCCUACUUUCCGUAUGGAGCUGGGACCGCCUAUCAGUUGGGCGGCCUAGGGUACUCAACGAGAGGCCAUGGCCUCAUUACCCUCACUCUCCUGAUCGGGAGCCCACUUGGGCAUACCUUUGGGACAAUGUCUCGGAGAUGUCGGGCGAUCCAAAGAUCAUGUACAUGCAGUACACUGCGGAGUUGGACACUCUUACCGCUGAGCAGGUGGAAUGGGAGCCAUAUGGUAGCUACUACCGUAUUGGCGCGUCGAUGACUCGACCUCAACCACAAAUUCCUGAGGACGAGCUAAUUCUGAGUCAAGCCAUACUUCCAAAGCGUACCUCCAAGCAAGCCGCACGCUCCUGCAUCCACCCUGCGUACCUCGAGUCGGGGAGCGAGGCGGUGGCUGCAUUGCUUGCCUCCUACAGGCCGCAAGAUUCGUGGUAUUUGCCCGUCAGAAUCCCAUCCCUGUGCGAGGUUGCUGCGGCGAGCCGGCCGAUUUGGGGCCUAAUUCGGUCCAAGAUUUGA